GUCAACAUUGUUGUGUACACACGUUUACCUUACACUGUACUGGGUGCCAAUGCACAGCUGUGACACAUGGUGAUAAAUGUCUGGUACGUCUCUGCCAUAUAUUACAGAGGCUGAACUGUCACUGGUGACACUCUAACAGACACCUCCACCUGCAAGACACGGACGCCAAAACCAUGACGAGAAAUACCAGGUACUCGACCUUCCAUCCCCAUCAUGGUAUAAUCUGUAUUCCUCAUCUGUGCCACCUCUUAUAACAAUGUAUGAGUUCGUUAUCAGAGCUGAUAUUAACCGAUCACAUCGACGGAAGAUAUGAAAAGCUUGCAGGACCAAAUGCUUGGAACAUUUAUCCAUGAUUUUGCCGUGGUUGACCAGCUUGGUUUUGGAUUUGAGGAACGCUGUGAUGUUUUGUUGUGGGCGAGAGGAGGAAGACGAGGAUCCAAUGGCACAAGGGACUGGCAGACUCAAACAGACGAAACGCUCCACAGAAGAGAAAUUAUAUCAAACGAAAGCGCGAGCUGUCAGCCUAACAGGUGGCGCUGUAAGCAGGGGCAGCAGACGACACCGACAGCGGCCUCAGAGUCCACAGACUGCCGGCGCGUACGGAUGUGAUGGUGGAGGGAGCAUAGACAGGGACUCACCAAGUAAUGGGUCGAGAUCUCGUAACUCUACCUCCAAUGGAUGUGUUCCCGAUAUGGGAAUAAAAAGCAUAGCUAUGGAUAACUCGUACCUUGUCCAAACCGUGGAGAUAAAGAAACGGCCAGGCCAGACCUUGGGAUUUUAUAUUCGUGAGGGGGACGGUAUUGAUAGGCAAGAUGGUGUGUUUAUAUCAAGGAUACAGAUGGGUACUGUUGCCGAAAGCAACGGUCUGCUUCAUAUAGGAGACGAAAUUCUUACCGUGAACAAAGUGGAGGUAGGUCAUAUGUCCCUUGAUGAUGUAGUCAUACUUAUGUCCAUACCAAAGAAAUUAAUACUCAAAAUACGAACCAAGAAAAGUUGCAAUAAGAAAAAUGCAUCAUGUCCAUCGUUAGCUAUCACUGAACAGGAGGAACAACCACCUGUGGUAGUUCUUAAAAAAGGCCGGUCAUCUUCCGCUACUGCUCUGGAAGAGACUGAGAAAUGUCCGGAUAUAUUUGAGCCAUUUUCUUCAGGUGCUUACACUACCGAUUACUUAGGACAGAAGCGUACAUCAAGAUUCGAUAGGUCAACUUCACAAUAUGCAAGUAUAUUUAUCAGUCCACAUAGGGCAGAGGCCAAACUUCUAAACGAGGAUGGAGACAGUGAACAUUCGAGUGAGGGGUCAUUACCAAGGAGUGUCGACUCUGGUGGUAAGAGUCACUACGUUGGGCACAGAGGGUACAUGUCCGAUGGGGCAUACGAAGCCGCUGGGAGUUAUUUCAGCCCUGCUUUGUCCCCUAGUCAAUACGGGAGUGCCACUGACAGGGAUUACUUAAAGUACAUGUAUUCUGAUGGUGGAGGAAUGCCAAGAAAAUUAAACCCCAAAUCACCCUCAAAAGCAAUUCCCAUUGGUGCACAACAGCCAAAUCUAACAGUGAGAAGUAACAUGACGUUCGAGGCGGUAGAGAGGGUGGCCCAGUCGGAGAGCUACUCUGGGGGUCAGCCUCUUCAGGAUUACAUAUCACACCGAGGUUAUGACCAGGCGAAGAAAUUCCAAGGAGGAUUCAGGGAAAUGUUACACUCAAAAGCCAAAUAUGGCCGCUUGCCCCGGAGUCGUUCUCCGGAGUGUUACAAUUCCGAUUCGGAAGUUAUUUAUGCACCUCCGUCUACUCGAAGUCAGGUAGAUUCUCGUGGGUUUUCCUCCGAUUACGAGACAUACGCGGGUGGUAUGAGUGAUGACGACCCUAUCUAUUCUAUACCUCAACUGCCGUCUAGUAGUAGUACGGAGUUAGAGGAACUCUUACGGAAGUUUAACACGCUGUCACACGAGUUACAGCAGGAACAGUGUAAACUCCAGCGCCAGCUCUCUACACGGGAACGAACAGGUGUACAAACGCCGAAGAUAGCAGUCCCAAAAGUACCAACGAGUGAUUCUGAUGACUAUAGUUAUGUAUGUACUCCUCGUCAACCGCCAGUACCCCAGGGACCAAAAACAAUAUCUCCUACUCUCGCUCGUAAGGCAGCAUCUACGCAGACUCCUGCUCAUACAAAACUUGUGCGCAAACAUAGCGCAGACGCACUCCAUCAGUAUAGGACAUAUCAAAGCGAGGCUGAGACAACAGAGACCUCCCAUGCGCAUGACCAAAGACUAAUGCCCGGUUACCAUCCGGUAUCUCGGGGUGGAAUACCUGCUUCUUUAUCUACCUCAAGCGCGGUUGAAAGUAGAGCCAAAACGAUAGACAGAGAUGGCAAGACUAUAUCUCGGCCCUCCUCUAGGUUUAAAGAUUUACAAUUGGUAAAAAAACCUCUACAAAUAGCAUAUAGUGAAUUCGAAUUCUACAGGGCAGAUAUGCGAAGACGGAUAGAGUUAUCUCGAACUUCCGGUCUAAAUGGGAUUCUUGGAAUUCACGUUUUAUCGGGACAAGGUCUAAAAUCUUCUAAGAUGUCCCUUAGAGAUCUCUACUGUGUUGUCUCCGUGGACUCCAUGAACAAGGCCAGAACCAUGAUAAGAACAGGUGCUGUAAAUUUUGAUUGGGACGAAGCAUUUGAUAUUGAACUCGAGGACGCUAAAGAUGUGUCAUUUCUUAUAUACAAUUGGGAUCCAAAUUAUAAACAUCGGCUCUGUUUCCAUGGUACCGUGAUGCUCCCUAGUUACAUUACCGGAAGUGGGAAAAAAAGCGUCGCGUUGAAAAUGGAACCCAAAGGUCUUUUAUAUGUCACUUUUCUAUACCGUGAUCCAGCUGUGUGCUUUCAAAGACUUACUUCUCCCCGGAAAAAUGGUGUGUUCGGUAUUGACCUGGAAACAGUAAUUAAACGGGAAAUCGCGUUGAGGAAUGUUCCGAUUCUGAUACAGAAAUGUGUGGACGAGAUCGAACGGCGUGGCCUGGAAGUGGUAGGCAUACACCGACUGUGCGGAUCAGCCCGGCGCAAGGCUCAGCUUAGGGAAGCCUUCGAAAUGAACGUCAUGGCGGUCAGUCUAUCCCCAGAAAACGUGUCAGAUGUCCACGUCAUUACAGGUGUGAUGAAGGACUACCUGCGAGAACUUCCGGAACCUCUCUUCACCAAUGCGCUGUACCAAAUGUUGCUCGACGCCCUGAGUGUACGGUUGCCUAGCGACCCGGAUGGAAGCGCCAAACUCAUGCUUAGUAUACUGGAGUGCCUUCCAAAAGCCAAUCAGGAAACCAUGGCUGCUGUGCUAAACCAUCUGAAAAAGGUUGCAUCAAAGUCGGAAAAGAACAAGAUGGCGUUAGAGAGCUUGGCGAAUUGUUUUGGCCCAGUCCUUCUCUGCCCAUCCCCAGCGUCCUCCGCGGAAACUCUGGACUUCAAAAAACACAUAGAGGUUCUGAGGUACCUCCUCGAUAUAUGGCCCGAGAAUUACGAGAUGGUCAAGCUGGAAAACGGUGCUGACAACCAAACACCCACACCGGAAGAACCGAAAGCAGAAUCAAAACCUCAGUCAGAAAAAUCCGGUCCGGCCUAAGAAAGGUCAUAGGUGAAGCAAUCACCAACUAAUGAACGCAAGAUUAGCAUAGGUCAAAGGUCAAUAGUUCAAGGACAACGCAACAAUCCGGUAUUGCAUUGAUCAGUCCAAACUUAAUCAGCAAUCUAGGGAAGGUCCAAUAUACGACAACUUUCAUAAUUGGACCGAAAUUUUAAUUAUACGAUUACACACAAAGUUGAGCAAUAGCUGGAUUGGUCAAUAUCAUCGGUUUUUGAAAAGUCAGCAAUCAUUUAAGCAAUCGUUCAAUAGAGGUAAAAAAGGGUAAAUCAAUCUUGUCUGUCUGAAAUCUGAUGUGAUAUGGUUACUUCUCACAACAGUCAACUCUACAAGCCACGUGUAACUAAAAGGUUAAAGUUUACAGAUACAGACAAUACCCGUCAAACACUAAUUUGGAGUAGAGUGAGAUGAAUGUCCCAGAAGUAUUUCCGAGAGUCGAAAGCGUGUGACUUCAAUGUCCAGAUUUUUCCAAUCAACGUCCAGACAACCAGAUGUCUACGUCGAUGACCAACCAAUUUCCCUUGUGUGUUCCUGUGUCCAAAGGACGUUUUAACUAGCUACGUAUACAUGUACCUUACUAGUGCAGAGAUGUCAUCAAAUCAUAAUAUUGUAUAGCUAGCCAUAAAGAUGGACGCUUCUUGUGUCUUCAGAGACGAUCUCGUCUUUAAACAGCGCACGCGCAUCAGAACGUCAAAUCCGGUUUCCAAAAUCUCGCGGGUAGCGAGACUUUAAAGUAUUUACUGGCCAUCUUGCCAACCCAAUCACUAAAGAGAUUGAGAUUUAUGUGAAAGAGGAUUUUGGGAUGAGGGAGAGUUGAAUGCGUGUUGUUUAACUGUUCGUGUAAACAAAAAUAUUAAAUCCGUUUUAUGUCUUUUUAAAACAAAUCACACCUGUACAUAAAUUAGCAAUAUUUUUACCAAAGAGAUCCAUUGUACAAUAUAUUACAGACUCCCUGCUAUAUAUACAGUACAUGGUUGAGAGCGGUUACGUUUUUAUAUCUAAGGACCUACUAUUUACUGUACAUUACUUGGUUUUUGCGGGGUAUUCAUUUCCACGAAUUUUAACCCACAUUAUUUAUCGUGUGAAUGUGAUUCACUUAUGAUUGACGAGAGGCUCAUUAAGCAUUCCGAAUUAAAACCCUCCCCAGUAAUAUUUACUGAAUAGUACGGCGAAUAUAAGAAUUCGCGAGAUUUAAUUGAUUUUCGGUAUCGAUUAGUUGAUUUUAUAAUUCCCUGUUAGUGACGCUCUCUGGAGUGUGUGAUAUAUCGGUCUCUGAUGAAUACUAAGAACAUGGUUGUGUCUGCUUCGGAAAUCAAUUUCAUCCUAUUUAUAUACAUUUAAAAUCGUGUCUAUAGAUUUGCGUUGCUAUAUAUAGCCUGUUGUCUAUUCCCACUCUUGUUUUUGGCGGGAAAUGUUGGCGUGGCUUUUCCGUCCUCAAUCAAAUAUUACCAAUGCAAAUCUUGGUUUAGUUCUGAA